AUGGCGUCGGGAAAAGAGAAAGGUCUUGAAGUGUCAAAAUUUCUUACUCAAGAAAACGAUGAUUUGGCAGAGUGGGAGCAUUACUUCAGAAUAUUCAAGAAAGCUACGAAGAUGGCCUUUCCGGACUGUGGAAAAUUUAUUUCAGAGUAUUCUAAAUAUAUUAAAUCUCAGUUCUGGUCUGGUGGCAUUAGAGCAAAUUGGAGAAACAUUGCGGAUUACAACGCAGCGUUUAGGAAUCAAGUGGCCGAUCGAAGAUAUGUUUGCUUUGCAGAUUGGAACCAUAAAGAUUUCGACGUCCUUAAGACGCAAUUUUUUGGUAGUGCAUACGAUCAACGUUCUAGCAAUCUGGUGGCUCCUUCUUCUUUCGCUCGUUAUAAUCAGCCUUUUGUCAAUCCGGUUGCUUCUUCUUUGUUUUCACGACCUGCUGUCCAAGCUCCUUCUCGUAGAAAAGGAGCUCUUCAGGCAGGUCCUUCAACGUCAAAACCGGCUACUCCUGGAGCUCAUUACACACCUGAGUUUAAGCAUAAGAAUGGUUUGGGGAUUACUAGCGCGAAGGGAGUCAAGCAUGCGGAACAGUACUGUUUUGCAUACAAUUCUCCUGAGAACUGUUCGUUCUCAGAUGCGGAUUGCAGUAGGCUACACCUUUGUAGAGUUGUGGCUGACCAAAAAGUAUUUUACAGAAUGUCCGGGGAUGUGGUGCAAAACACCGCGGAUGCAAUCACUCCUGAAGAAUAUACUUCAGAGAGGUAUCUUAGGGGGUAUCAAUGGGAUGGUAUGAACCCUCUUGGCUUCUCAGCAGCCAUCGAAUCUAGUUUAACUGCGGAACCGUUUCCGGACGCUCCUUCUUUAGAAGAAGAUGAAGAUGCGGCAUUUGCUUUGAAACGGUUUCAUUAUUUAUUUACAAUUCAAACACCUUUUAAUAUUGAUAAGAUGGAACAAUUACUGAAGUUCCAUCCUAAUCAACCGUUUGUGAAGUCGGCAAUAAAAGGUCUUAGGGAAGGAUUUUGGCCUUCAUCUCGUCUUCCGUCGUCAGAAAUUGUGGACAUUCCGAAUCACAAAACUUGUUUCGAAAACCAAGAGCUUUUGGAAAAACAAUGUGAGGAGGAAAUUGCCAAAGGUCGCUAUUCCGAAGAAUUUUUGACGUUGUUACCUGGUAUGAAAGUCAUUCCUCUGUUGAUGACUUCAAAGAAAGAUUCGGACAAGAUGAGAGUUUGUUCGAAUAUGAGUUUUGGCAAACCGUCUCCAAAUGAUUUAAUUGAUAAAGACAAAAUCAAAGUUUCGUACGACUCACUUCAAUUGUGGAUGCCUUUCUUAAUCGAGUUGAAGAAAAAACACGGGGACGUUACGAUUUUCAAAUCCAACGUGGAAGGUGCUUUUAGGACUCUUCCAGCUCAUCUUCAAUACCAAAUUCGACAAGUUCUACGCAUCAAAAAGAAAUUCAGAAUCGAUCACAACCUCACUUUUGGAUCUUCAGCCUCUCCACACAUCUGGUGUGGAGUUUUCUCGCUUGUCCUUUGGAUAGCGGAAGAAAUUUUUCAUAUCAAGUCUCUUAACUGUAUGAUGGACGACGUUUGGUCCGCUGCGGCUGCCGACGAUUGGAUCACGUUUAAGGAUCACAGGAUUCCAGGUCCCCAAGCUAAAUUACUCAUGGUUUUUGACAUCUUGGGGGUACCUUGGGUUUGGAAAAAGCAAGUUCACGGUUCGGUCUUAGAGAUUAUUGGUCACAUCGUAGAUUCUAAGAAGAUGAGUGUGUAUUUAGAAGCGGACAAGAAGCUAUUAAUGAUAGAUUUGAUCAAAAAGUUUGUGUCUACUCCAAGUCAUUCGCUUAGAGAUUGGCAAUCCAUGCAGGGCUGGAUAUCUUGGGGCUUUAACUCAAUGCCCUUAGGUAGAUUUGCAUUGCAAAGUCUUUAUGAAAAGACGGGUGGAAAGACGGAACGGUUUCUCUCUAUUCAUCUUAAUAAGGAAAAUCAGGGCGAUCUUUGGUGGUUAAUUGAUUAUUUUGAAUCAUGCAACGGAGUUUUGGUCCUGAAAUCCUCAACUUGGUCUGCUCUUCAAGCUGAUUCGUUAUUCUAUGUCGACGCAUGUCCAACGGGUAUUGGAGUGUGGGAGCCUGGUUCAAGGAAAGCUUAUUAUCACAAGUUACCACUACCUUCUCGUCAUAUCUUUUGGGCAGAGUUGUUAGCUGUUUUGGCGGCCAUUGAUUUAGGAAUCAACGCAGGAUCAAGAAGGAUUUAUGUGCAAACUGAUAACAAAAACGUUUUUCAUCUUUUUAAUUCACACCGUCCUAACCAACUCAUUCGUCCUCUUUUUCGUUACAUUGUUCAACGGAUGGUUGAUUGUCAAGUGGAAGUAAAGGUCGCUCAUAUUGCUGGAUUGACAAAUACCUGCGCAGAUCUUUUAUCUCAUUCGUUAACAGACGCUGUGAAAAGAGAAUUUUAUCCUUCGUCUAUUUCUCUUCUUAAAAUCGAUCCUGUUCUAGGAGCAGGUGGUAUCGAAAUAAACUUAGAACAUUUUAAUAACCCGGCUUUAUCAUGGCGUCGGGACCUUUGA